AUGAGGGGUAGCAGUAGCCGGGAUAAUUUCUCCCAGGGAACCACUACCUUCUCCAAGCGCAUGGAACGCAUGAUUGCGCAGGGAGAGGUCGGAUUGCAGCCCCUCGAAAGCGAGCAGAGCAUCGCACUCUCGAAGACUCUGCAGCUGCUUAUAGGCACUUCGGACGCUGAACCGCAAAGGGAAGCCGUGGAUGCGGAAUUUCUCAAUAACACGCGAAUCACAUACUCCAAGCAAAUCAUACAGGAGCUCUCAGAGCGGCGAUACAAGGAGAGGUUGCAGGGAGUGUCCGCGGCCAACUCAGUGCAGUACAUCCCGUUCAGGGUGGGCUUCCUAGGCGAGCUGCACGAGAGCUUCAGGACGUCGAUACUCUCCUUGCUGGUCGCGCUGGUCGUCGACUACAUCGCAAAAAGCAGGUACUCAGAUCAGGACUAUCUCAUCAAAUGGGGGAGCGUCAUACUCAAGCGCAUCGGCAAGCUGCUCAAGCUCUCCGACAUGAUGCUGGACGCCAUCAUGAAGCCCGUCACCCAGUACACCACCCUACAGGAACUCAAUGUGGACAUUGGCGCGGUGGCCAAGAAGCAACAACACAUCGAUGACAUCCACAAGCAGCUGGAGCAAAUGCAGCCGGAGCUGGACCGCGAAUUCAAGAAGAGCGUGGAGGACGCGAAAAACUACCUCAACAGCCCGCUGAUGAGCAGUCGCUCCAGCAGGCGAACGGAAAAGGGCCUGCUGGGGACCAUCUCGAAAAAAAUCAACCGGGUGCUGUCGCGGGCCAUGGAGACAAGCUCGCACUCGAGCAAUAGGACUCACAGCGAGUCGAACGAAGUAGACCAGGCCGAUGUCGUUGUCGACGAGUCCGAAGAUGACUCGAACCACGUCGGAGCGGAGGAGUUGAUUGAGGAUGACGAUUCCGAAAUUCAAACUGACUUCAGCCUGAACGAUGAACUGCUGCUGGACUCAGUUCCCGGCUGCGCGGUGCUGCUCCGCAGCCUGGUGACGGGGUACAUCAUGAGCGGGUACAACGACUCACGGGUGCAGCUGCUCUUCCAGGAGUUCUCGGCCGCCCUGGGCAUGAGCACCCACACGGUGCUGGCGCUCGAGAACCACAUCGCAGCCGAUAUCGUGAGCGCCAUACACGCAACGGCGAACUCGGGCACCACGAAGAAGGUCACGAGGAACAUUAAAAUAGCAGCCAUGGCGGCAGGUGGAGGCGCGCUCAUCGCAGUCAGCGCGGGGAUGGCGACACCAGCCGUCGCCGCCGGUCUCGCCGUGCUCGGCAUUGGUGGGGGCGGCGUAUCCGGGCUCUGGGCUAACACAGAGGAAGCUGAAUUGCUGGCGUCUGUGUUCGGGGUGGGGUCGAACGGACUGGCGAAGUGGAAAUCCAAAAAGGAUGACGUCACGUUCCACCACAUCAACGAACAGUCGGGGAGGUCACUCUCAGUCUGCAUCGGGGUCUGCGGCAGCCUGGCGCCAGAGGUGGAUAUGCUGGCACUCUGGGAGGACGCUGUGCGGGCCCCGCUCUGUGACUUCUACGCCAUGCAGUGGGAGACCACGCUGCUCAAGUCGUUGGGGAACAUGUUCAGCGUGAUGGAAGAGCAGCCGUUUGCCCAGAGUGCGUCCCUGCUCUGGCAAAAAGAAACGGAGGGCGAAUACCUCGCGUGCGGCAUACAGUGGCCGCUGCCGCUCAUCCACUUCGCGGAGCCCCUGGACAACACGUGGACGUUGGCGAUGCAGAGGGCGAGGCACUACGGAGCGACGCUUGCCCAGGCGAUCAUGGACAGGAACGCGGUCGGAGAGAGGCCGAUUUCCCUCGUGGGGUACAGCGUCGGUGCGGAGGUGAUUGUGCACGCGCUGCUGAAACUCAAGGAGAAACAAAGGCUCAACCUGGUCAAGGACGUUGUGCUCAUGGGGCUCCCGUCAACGGCGGGGCCGGAAGAGUGGCUGCAGUGCCGGAGUGUCGUCGCGGGCAGGUUCAUCAACGUAUACUCGAGGCAUGACUGGCUCUUGGGGUACCUCUACCGCGACCUCGACGCCGGGUUCCCCGUCGCCGGGCUCAGACCAGUAGAAUCUGAGGUGGAGAACUACGAUGCCACAGAGUUCAUCAAGGGCCACCACGAAUACAUGUGCAAAAUAUCCGAGAUACUCACGCUCGUGCAUGUGGACUUGUGA